AUGAGUUCCUACCAGCAGAAGCAGCCAUUUGCCCCUCCCCCUCAGCCUCAACAGGAGCAGGCCAAACAACCCUACCAGCCUCCCUCUGAAGUACCAUUUGUUCCCAUCACCAAGGAGGCAAGUCACCCAACUGUUCCACAACCUGGAACCACCAAGAUUGCGGAGCCUUACUUCAUCACAGUUCUUGAUCCAGGAUGUACCACAGUCACUGCACCAGGAUCAGGACACACCGUGAUCCCUCAGCCAGGAUGCAAUCCUGUCCCUGCAGUGGGACAUGCUGUGGUCCCUGAUCCAGGAUGCACCACUGUCUCUGCGCCAGGCUACACUGUGGUCCCUCAGUCAGGAUGCAAUCCUGUCCCUGAAGUGGGACAUACUGUGGUCCUUGAGCCAAGAUGCACCACUGUCUCUGCACCAGGCCACACUGUGGUCCCUCAGUCAGGAUGCAAUCCUGUCCCUGCAGUGGGACAUGCUGUGGUCCCUGAACCAGGAUGCACCACUGUCUCUGCGCCAGGCUACACUGUGGUCCCUCAGUCAGGAUGCAAUCCUGUCCCUGAAGUGGGACAUACUGUGGUCCUUGAGCCAAGAUGCACCACUGUCUCUGCACCGGGAUACACUGUGGUCCCUGAGUCAGGAUGUAUCACUGCCCCUCAACCAGGAUACACCAUUGUACCUGCACCAGAAUAUACCACUAUCUCUCAGCCGGAAUAUGACAAGACCACUGUGUCAAGUUACAGCAAAGUUGCUGAGCCAGGAUACACCAAGGCCCCAGAGCUACGCCAAUGUGAGAUUCCUGAGCCAAACCCCUCAAAAGUUACUCCAGGUUCCGCUAAAAAAGAUUGCUAA